AUGAAGAACCCAGAAGCCCAACAGGAUGUUUCGGUUUCCCAGGGGAUUCGCAUGAUGUUUUAUGUGAUGAAGCCCAGUGAAACGUCAUUCCAAACCCUGGAAGAGGUGCCUGAUUAUGUACGGAAGGCAACUCCAUUGUUCAUUUCCUUGAUGCUGCUUGAGCUGGUUGUUGGCUGGAUUCGCAAAGGGAAGCCACCAGGUGGUUUGGAUGAUGCCUUAGCAUCUUUGUCUGCUGGCAUUAUGUCUCGGCUUCCGAGGUUGUUUUACAGGAGCAUUGAGCUGACUAGUUAUGUUUAUAUCUGGGAGAACUACAGAGUCAUUAGUUUGCCUUGGGAUUCUCCAUGGACUUGGUAUUUAACUUUCUUGGGAGUUGACUUUGGUUACUACUGGUUCCACCGUAUGGCUCAUGAGGUUAACAUUAUGUGGGCUGGUCACCAAACACACCACAGUUCUGAAGGCUAUAACUUAUCCACAGCACUGAGACAAUCCGUCCUCCAAAUUUACACUUCCUGGAUAUUCUACUCUCCCCUGGCCCUCUUCAUACCACCUUCAGUAUAUGCUGUUCAUCUUCAGUUCAAUCUCCUCUACCAGUUUUGGAUCCAUACAGAGGUCAUCGAUAACCUUGGUCCUUUGGAACUGAUUCUUAAUACUCCUAGCCAUCAUAGAGUUCAUCACGGCAGAAACCGUUAUUGUAUAGACAAAAAUUUUGCUGGAACUCUUAUUAUAUGGGAUAGAAUUUUUGGGACGUUUGAGGCAGAAAAUGAAAAAGUUGUAUAUGGUCUAACACAUCCCAUUAAUACAUUUGAACCUUUCAAGGUGCAGUUCCAUCAUUUAGUUAACAUAUGGACUACAUUCUGGGCCACGCCUGGGUCGUUCAAUAAGUUUUCUGUCAUAUUUAAAGGACCAGGAUGGAGUCCAGGUAAACCAAGACUUGGACUGAUUGAAGAAAUCCCAGAGGUCGAGGGGAAAGAAGUUCCUUUCUCAUCAUCGGCCUCUCAGCUAUUGAAGAUAUAUGUAGUGGUACAGUUUGCUCUGAUGCUGGCAUUUUAUGAAGAGACCUUUGCAGAUAAAGCUGUACUAUCUCAGGUCACUCUCCUUCUGAGGGUUUGCUUCAUUAUCCUGACUUUGACCUCCAUUGGAUUUCUUUUGGAUCAAAGACCUAAGGCAGCUGUUCUGGAAACUUUCCGUUGCUUGGUGUUCCUAAUGCUCUGUAGAUCAGGUCAUCUGAAACCUUGCAUCUCUUCUUUGUCAUUUGCUUUUGAGAUUUUUUUUUCCAUCUGCAUUGCUUUCUGGGGAGUAAGGAGUGUGAAGCAACUUGUCUCAGACCCUUGGAGAUAACUUACGUUUGUACACAAUUCUCUUGUUUUA